AUGGCAUUGCUUGGUCUGGGCACAUGCCCUCCUGGAUCAGUCAUGGCCUGGAUGGACAAGUUGGAACCAGUGCCUUCCAUUCCGCUUUGCGUGAGGACACAACAAGAUGUGGUGAGUGACACAAUCAAGCGCCAAGGAAAAUGGCCCGAGUGCUACGAGCUCUUCAGCAUCGUUGAGGUUGCUGGAUGGCCAGACUGCUUGGUGCUAGAUGUGGGGGCCAACUUAGGCAGCUGCAGCAUGGUUCUAGUGAGGAGCGGCUACCAGGUUAUGGCGUUCGAGCCCUUGCCAAGCACAGCGGCGUUGCUCCGAGCGGCUGCUUGCACGGUCUUGGUGAGAAUGUUCCAUUCCGGAUCUGGAAGGGCCAACUGGGGCACUUUCGCUGAGCGAGUCAAGGCUUACAACGGAGUUUGUGGCUCACUGGCUGCAGAUCUGGCCUUCUCCUGUGCUGCAUUCGUGGCCUUUGCCGUGUGUGCGGGUACGGAGACGGCGAUCACCACCUUGUGGCCAUGGAAAGUCCGGGAGUAUGCCCAGCGGGAGUCGGAGAAGGAGCUGAAUCGUUUUUUAAAGGAACCAAACUCUUCGCUGGCUCAGUGA